CAGAACCGGUUACAAGAAGAAGAAGAAGCGAGCAAUCAGCUGUGAGGAGGAGGGGCGUUAUCAGCUCAGUUGGCUGGUGCAUGUCUGUGAUAGUGUGGGUUUGUUCCUCACGCACGUACUCUCUCGAAAAUGGUUGAAAGUUCCGUUCAGAGCGAUGCUGAUGACAACAGUCAGCAGGUGCCCUCGGUUGACGUAAUUAGUGGCACAGUGGAGCCGCAUAGUAAUGAUGCAGAGGGUCAUGAAGAAGAGAUCAGUGGAUGUGGGGCAACAUAUUGCUGCAAUCCAGAAUGGGGCCCUUUUAGAUUCAUUGCUUUGUUUUUCAUGUGCUUUCUUGGUUUUGGUUCUUACUUCUGUUUUGACACUCCUGGGUCCCUCCAAGAUUACAUAAAGGAUGAAAUGAAAGUAGACACUGUGCAGUUUGCUAGUCUUUAUUCCCUUUAUUCCUGGCCUAAUGUAGUACUGUGUUUUAUUGGAGGAUUUCUUAUUGACAGAGUUUUUGGUAUAAGGUGGGGAACAAUAAUAUUCUCAACCAUUGUUACUGGUGGACAAUUUGUUUAUGCUCUUGGUGCACUUGUUAACCAGUUUUGGUUAAUGCAGGUUGGAAGAUUCAUAUUUGGUAUUGGUGGAGAAUCUUUGGCUGUUGCCCAAAACACCUACACAGUCAGUUGGUUUAAGGGGAAAGAACUCAACACGGUGUUUGGCCUUCAAUUAAGUAUGGCUAGAGUGGGAUCAACUGUCAACUUUCUGUCUAUGGUGCCAUUAUAUGAGUGGGUGCAGACAUUCUCGGAAGGUUACCAAGCACUUGGUUAUUCAUUAUUAUUCGCUGGUAUCACUUGUGUUUUCUCUCUUGGAUGUGCACUGAUUUUGGGUGUGCUUGACAAGAAACGCUCCGAGGCUCUGCAUCUUGAUGCAGCAAAAUCUGGGGAAAAAAUCAAGCUAUCAGACAUUUUAACUUUUCCAGCAUCAUUUUGGUUGAUCUCAGUCAUCUGUGUUGCGUAUUAUGUUGCCAUUUUCCCUUUCAUUGGUUUAGCAAAAGUUUUUUUCAUGCGCAAGUAUGAUCUUGAUGCAACCACUGCUAAUUCAGUGAGUAGUGUGGUGUAUCUCAUCUCAGCCAUUGCCUCCCCAAUCCUGGGCAAUCUGGUGGAUCGCACAGGAAGGAAUGUGACAUGGGUGUUCAUGGCUGUCUUGGUUACCUUGGGCUGUCAUGCUGUGCUUACCUUCACCUUCUGGAGCCCAUUUAUUCCAAUGAGUAUUUUAGGCCUGGCAUAUUCUCUGUUGGCCAGUGCCCUGUGGCCCAUGGUUGCACUCAUCAUUCCCGAACAUCAACUUGGCACUGCUUAUGGCAUCAUGCAGAGUGUCCAGAACUUGGGACUGGCUGUCAUUAGCAUCGUGGCAGGACUGAUUGUGGACACAAGUGGCUACAUGAUGCUGGAGAUGUUUUACAUGAUCUGGCUUUGCAUUGCACUUGUUGCAACCAUUGCCAUAGCUCUAGUGGACAGUGGUGGCGAUGGUUAUCUUCUCAUGUCAGCAGCUACUAGAAAGAGAGACUUCCCACAUCCACCAGCAGAUGCAAAACUAAAUGAAGCCUUUGACGACAAGCUUUGAAAGAAAUUUUGAUCCUUGCUCAGUUCAUAGAUCCUGCAUGAAGAGGCUGAUUGUAGUCUUAUUUGUGAGUCACUUAUGUCAGGAUCUGCAUAUUUACAUUGUUGUAGCAAACAUGGUUUCAGGUAUGCUCAUGUUGCUUCUCUUAUCAAAUUUACUUUCAAAUAUGAAUAUUCCUUACUCAUGAAUAUUCCUUACUCAUGCUAUAGCUGCCUCCAGAUCAUUCAUUUCUCUGUCCACAUACCUGACCAAUGUCCCUGCAAAGGAGAGUAAGUAAAACUGCCCUCUUUCUACAUACCUCACACACAUACUUACAACCACACCCAUAUAAUUAUAACUCAUAUAAUUAUAAUUUGCCAUCUCCACAGCUAUGCUAGAAAAAUACUGCCACCAUAUUCUCAGCACAUAAAAGAUUACUGAAAGGGAUGCAUUGGGGUACUGGGAACCUUCUACAUAUUCUUUUCUCACUGUAAGGCAAGAUAUCUUACACACACACACACACACACACACACACACACACACACACACACACACACACACACACACACACACACACACACACACACACACACACACACACACACACACACACACACACAC